GAGAAUCCAUACAACUGAACCGUCAUGUACCGGAGCACUGCCUCAGAUUCUCUUUUAACGGCCGUAAAAUCGUCGUUACGGAAAAGAACUUCACUCUUCUCCAAUAAUUCAGUUACCAGCGGGGGUAGUUGGCGGGUUGUUGAAGACAAUUUUAGCCAUCAUCAUCAGCAGCAGCAGCGCGACUGUUCUUCAGCAGGUGCAGGCAUAUUGGGGAAGAUUCUAAAGAUGGGUGAAAAUGGCAGUAGUCACAUUACCCGUGUUCUCUUUUGUGGUCCUAAUUUUCCUGCCGCUCAGAAUUACACAAGAGAAUAUGUGAAAGACUAUUCAUUUAUACAGGUUGAUGAUAUUCCGUUUGACAAUGUUCCUGCUGUGAUCAAAGACUAUGAUAUAUGUGUAGUUAAAAACUUGCGGCUAAACUCUGAUCUUAUCUCUAGUGCAAAGAGGAUGAAACUUAUAAUGCAGUUUGGAGUUGGGCUGGAAGGUGUUGACAUCACUGCUGCUACAACCCAUGGAAUUAAGGUUGCUAGAAUCCCGAGUGGUGCGACAGGAAAUGCAACUUCAUGUGCUGAAAUGGCCAUAUAUCUGAUAUUGGGUCUUUUGCGUAAACAACAUGAAAUGGAUAUUGCUAUAAAGCAGAAAAAGCUUGGAGAACCAAUUGGCGACACCCUGCUAGGGAAAACGGUCUUCAUAUUGGGAUAUGGCAAUAUCGGGAUUCAUCUGGCAAAACGUUUGCGACCAUUUGAUGUGAGAAUACUUGCUACAGAGCGGAGUUGGCCAUCGCAUUUGCAUCACUCUAGUGAAACUGAUGCACCGCACAUGGAGAAUAAUGGUGGCUGUGACCUGGUGGACGAAAAGGGUAGCCAUGAUGAUAUCUUGAAAUUUGCGAGCAAAGCUGACAUUGUUGUUUGUUGCUUGGCCAUGAAUAGUGAAACGGCCGGGAUAGUGAACAAUGAGUUCUUAUCUUCAAUGAGAAAGGGUGCUAUUCUAAUUAAUAUAGCUCGAGGUGGUCUAUUGGACUAUGAUGCUGUUUUUAAUCAUCUGAAAUGUGGACACUUGGGAGGUUUAGGAAUUGAUGUCGCUUGGACCGAACCAUUUGAUCCCGACAACGCCAUUUUGAACUUUCGAAAUGUCAUAAUCACCCCCCAUGUUGCGGGUGUCACAGAACACUCGUAUAGGUACAUGGCCAAGGUUGUCGGAGAUGUUGCGCUUCAGCUUCAUGAAGGGACGCCUUUCACCGGGAUAGAAAUCGUGAAUUGAUGGAGCCCCACCAUUCGUGCCUACUCUCUCGUCACAUUGGUUUAUAAAGGCGUUGCGUUUCCGUUUUCAAGAUUCUGCAGUUUUGCUGGAGAACUUGCUCGUGGCGCGGUGUUACAUGCAAAAACCAGAGAUUCACAAUCAAUUCUAAAUUAGGUUGAAACCUGCAGUAUCAAUGACUCAAUUAAAGAGCUUGACCAAGAUGGUGAAGAAUGUAUUUCUCAUAAAUAAUGAUUCAGGUUGUAGGUCUUAUCCUAUGUUAAAAUUUGUACUAUGAUAUACAAUAUGCUUAUAAGCUCAUUUCCCCGAAUAAAGCAUCGCUUUUGACACCAA